GAAUCUGUGAUAUUCGUGUUCAGAAGAAUCGGUCGUAGGUCCGUAAAGAGCGAUUUUUUGAGAAUGUAAAGUCUAAAAAGCGUUUUUCUUUGAUGUAGCACCUAAAGUGCAAGUGCGGUUGUAUAAAAUCCGAUACUUCCAUUUUUUAUAAAUUUCCGAGAUCCAAAUUGCAAAAUCAGGCUCUUUGGCCGAUGUUCAUAAGUCCGUUCUUGUUUAAGGUUAUCUCAAAAUACUCUAAAGAUAUUUGUUAGCCAAUCAGAAAGCUGUGUUAGUUUAUGAAUACCGCCCUAACCUUGAAUCAGGAACACACGCACACAUAUGUAAAAGAGACGAGCUUUGUCGCCAUUUUGUUAUCUUUGUCUGUUUUGUGGGGUGGAAGGGAUGCGUCCGUACUCCGUACGCGUCAGGUACGAUGUGUAGUUCGUGGUAUCGAUACGCGAGAUGUCAGAAUUUAUCAAGCGUUUUACGCCCAUUCGUAAAUCGCAUUCGUCGUGCAAUUUAACGAUUUGAACUGCGACGUAAAAUCACGAGUUAACUUCCACGACUGCUGCUCGAACAGUUGCUAAAUACGGAUUUAUCUCUCGAUGUUACUAUCUCGUGACGGAUCAGCUAACCUACGAGCGAUACGAACAUAAUCGCUCGUUUUGAUCGCGGUGCUGUUUUCCCGUUCCCGCAAUCCGUGACUAUCUCCGUGACUGAAUGACAUUUCCGCAGUACUAUGCGGUUGCACAAUGGAGCCCUCCGUAUCGCGAAACCUCGUUAAGGAUCUAGAUCUAACCCUCCAGCCGCGAAUCGCCCUGCGCUACAAAACCUGGCUUCCCCUCGCCACUCAACAGUUGCGGCUCAGAAGUCUAGUACAAAUAAUAGGCCAUGAUCUGAAGGGCAAUGUGAAUGGAGAAGUAUGCUGGUUCUACUACACGUUGCACAGAUCAAGCAUGUCGUCUCCGAUAUACACCAGUGAGGCGAUCAACAAUGUCAAUCCAAGAUGGGCGAGUCUCGAAGUACCUACUCUGCAUGCCACAGGUUACUCAGCAGCCAGUGAGAUCAUUCUAAGAGUAUGGAAGCGUACGAUGCCAGGUAACACGGCGACUGACAUAACUCUCUUUACAUGGGGAGUAUCGUUCACCGGAUUAGCAUACAUUGGGCCUAAGCUUCCAACUAAUCUGGAUACCAUCAUGAUGGAAAACUCCUUGAUAUUCCAUUUCCACGGUGGCUAUUUCGCCCCUAUGUACUGCUUUGUAACGGUUCUUGAUUUGAAGCGAUACCUACACAUAAAUAUAAAUGCACUCGAAGUGAGGAACAGUUACACCGUCAGUAAGCUCAGCAGUCUAAGAAGCAAGAUGCAGGCGCUAAAGCAACAAACGGAAUCGGUACAGGCACUCAGAUUACGCAUUGCCUCGGGCGACGAUUUUCAUACUCCCAAGUAUCCACAGACGACCUUGAGCAGGCUACUGCAGCCGAGAAGAGUGAACAGAGAGAAGAAGGCUGAAAUUCUGAGAAUACGUAAGGAGCUAGAAAUGGCCAAAUUCCGAGCCAAAUUGUUGGAGCAAGAGAGGGCACGAAAAAUGGGGGAGCUUCGCGCAUUGAAUCAGAUACAUACCAACAUCGUCGAGGAAAAUCAGGAUAAAAAUUCCGAUUUGAUGGAGAGAUAUAGGGAACUGUACAAAGACAUAGAGAGGCUGAAUGAAUGGCGGCAAAAUCACAUGGACACGAGGGAGACUUACUUGCAAAUGAGCGGCCAGCUUGCGCAGAGGCGCCGACAGCUGAUCUCGGAAUUAAGUUUAAUAUAUCCAAUCCGACAGGACAGCAGUGGAAAGUUCAGGAUAAACGACGUUUACUUGCCAGACAGCGAGGAAUUGGAACUAUCGAACGACACGCAAGUAGCUGUGGCGUUGGGCUUCGUCGCGCAUACGACGCAGAUGAUUGCGAGCUUCCUGAACGUGCCGACCAGAUAUCCUAUCCUGCAUUAUGGCUCGCGCAGUAAGGUCAUAGAUCACAUCACGGAAAGCUUACCCGACAACGACAGACAGUUUCCGCUGUUCGCUCGAAGCAAGGAUAAGCUGCAAUUCCAUUACGCUGUAUACUUGUUGAAUAAAAACAUAGCGCAACUUCGAUGGUACUGCGGUAUGCCGACUACCGAUUUGAGAGCAACGCUGCCGAAUCUUGCCAUGCUGGUUAACAUCAAACCCAAUCAGAUACAUUUGGACGAUUCGAAACGAACGUUUUCUACGUCAUCUCUGGACACCGAAGGCGGUAAUGGUAAACAGAAUCCAUCCCUGACGCCACCACUGCAAAAGAUAAUUUUCGAGAAGUGCCAUCGUUCCUCUCGCUCAAUGAGUCAAUUAAAAAGCAUAAAGACAUCGCUCGGUUCUUCCUUGGAUCAAGGUCUGGACAAACCCAUGCAGUCGCUCGCGCUAGGUAGCCAAUCGAAGCGUAUUUGUAAAUCGGAAGAGAGUGCCAUCGACAAUAAGAUCUUGGUACCGGCCAAGGACAGAUCAAGCAAUAGCAGUAAUGAGACGUUAAACAGUGCCAUUCUGAAUAAUAUUGAAAACCUAACUCUUAAGGACACAGAUAAUUUUGUCGAAAUUAGCGAUAAGGUUGUAAUGGAAAGUACUAUCGAAAUUAUGCUACCCACUUCGGUCUCCAAAGCGCGAAAUGUCGCGGACAGUUUAGAGAGCUCCGUGAGUGCCCGCGAUAGAAGCUCCAAUUCUAUAAGCAGCUGCGAAAUGGCCCUUUGUAGCAGCCAAAACGACGUCGACGACAGUUCAACCGACACUUGCGCCGUGAAGAGAGAGGGGACCGAUGACAAUGUAUUUAUGAUUGACGAGGGCUUGAGAAACGUCAGGGAUGCAACGGACAACGAGUUGAAGAACGGCGAACGUAGUAAAGAAUAUAAUUCCGGAAACGGUAUCUCGCAGCGUUACGAUACAAGUAGUACAGCCAUCGGCGAACAAAAUAGUUGUGUUCACGAACAAAGCCCGCAUACGGAAACUGCCAUUUACAGCAGGGAACGUUUUGCUAAAUCGUGUUUAUCUUUGGAUGACGUGUGCAGUUACGGAGACUCGGAGCAAAAGCAAAGAACAAAUUCCACUUGCGGCUAUCCGGCAGAAAGCGCCGCAAAAGAUGCCGCGUUGCGACAAAAAUAUAAUUCCGAAUCUAGAACAAACGGAUCAGAUUAUUCUCAACGUAUUGAGAAAUGGCCUCGGGACGUCGUGAGAAACGAACAAAUGAUGGACGCGAGAUCAAUCUUGAGUACAUCAAAGUCGGAUUGCUAUACGUAUGACGAAGUGAAAUCACAGUGUGACAUACAAGCGUCGAGCGAGUACAUAGACAUCAUCAGGCGCAGCUCGGAGAACGUAUGCGCGCGCACCGAAGCUUUAGCUAAGAAAACUAGUUUCAAAGUCAUGAAACCGCGUCUUUAAUGUCUGCCUACAUCGUGAAAUCGUGCCCUAAUAAUAUGUUGCAAUUGCGGAAGAAAAUAUUUCCGCGGUACACAUAUAAAACUAAAUUAUAUAUUAUAAAAAAGCAAGCUAAAGAUUAGUUAUAUUUAUCGUUCUAUAAGCACUCAUGUAUAGUUUUCUUUCCAACGCGCAAGCAAUUGGAAGUAUGAUCGAGACAAAGAAUAUUAUUAAUCCUUUGCACUCGGAGAGAUUUCUCAGAUCCAACAACUCGACAUUUUUAUUCACGAAAUAGUGAACAUAUCAUUUCAAAUAAAAUGGUAUAGCGUUCGAACAAAUUUUAUGUUUGCAUAAAUUUUUCUCAAUAAUUACCUUCAGUCUUUUUUCGUGUCCCCUUGAAGGGACAUGAAAAGAGUUUCGAGUCAUUUGCUACAUUUAAGGGGACAGUCGAGUGCAAACGGUUAAUAUAUCAAUACGAUGAUACAUGUAAAGAUCAGUAGAAUCGAUAGUUCCUCUGUAACUGCACACUUUUGUACAUGUGAUAAAUAUGCGUAAGCAUUAUUUAGUUACGUUAGUUUAUGAUUCGCAUUGUGCACUUACUGAAAUCUGAAUUGAACGGUAAUUAUAGUUAACGCAUUUAUCGCCAUGCGUAAUUUAGCUGACUUUCCGUUCACGCCAACUGGAUUAUCACGAUUCACCAUGAUAUAUUCAUAUAAUUAUUUUCAUAAUUUAAUUAAUAAAAAUUACAUCAAUUUGUUUACAAAUGCACUUUGUCCGUUAUACUUUUUUAUUAUCAUUAAAUAGUCAUUAUUAAUUAAUACUUAUUAUUUAAUAAUUACUAUUUUACACAUGUAAAUAAUUGCAUGUUAUAUUAUUCAUCUGUCUUAAUAUAUUUAUUGCAUGAUCGGCGUCAUGGCGCAAACGGAAAGCUCAGGGCCGAUCACCGAUGAUCGCUGUGGCGGUGAAUGUGUUAAAAACUGCGGAUCGGGAUCUUUUUAGUUUGAUAGAAAGAUGUACAUAUAGUAUAAUUGUGUAUGUGCGUGUGCGCGUGCAUAUGGGCGCGUGUGUGAUACAUAUUAUGUUGCGACUCUAUUAUUGUAAAAAAGAAUAUUAUAAAGUUCAUAUUGUUAUUAUCUCUGUAUGAAGACAUUUUUAUUAAACGGAGGUAAAUACGUAAAUACGUAAUACGCAAAAUUUGUACAUAUUAAAUCCACGUAUACAUAUAAAUCUAUAUAGAUUUCCAUAUAACGUAGAUCUAUAUGUAUAUAUGCAGAUAUUCUAGAUUUUUUCACUGUACUUAGCUCACGUAAUUGACUAACAUUUAGUUUGCGCUUUUACAAUGCAAGCAUCAAUAUAGUUGAUUAUAUUUUUGCCAUUGAGAAUGUAACGAUAUACCGUAAAAAUUUACGUACGAGGACCAAGCAAAAUACUAAGCCACGUAAUCGCUUAACGGUACAGCCAUAUAGUUCAUCUGUAACCUAAAUAGCAAUCCGAGAGAAUUGUUUGCAAACCGACUCCUUUGUGAGAACUCGUUAACUACGGGCUACUGCAAUGUGAUAAAUAAAAUAUUGUCUAAAGACAGAGACAAAAA